AUGGCUGCAGUUAUCUGCGAUUUCGAGACGCCAUCAGAGAAAGCUGGCUUAGUUCUCCACUGCCCUGUUGAACAUAAGGAAGACGAGCAGCGGGACAAUUACACACCACUUCAUUGCCCACUUGAUGAACAGGAAGAUGGGAGCCCAGAAAAAGAAAUUGUCAAGAUCUAUAUCGGCCCGGAAAGAUAUGUGAUCCUAGUUUACAAGAAGAUUCUCUGCGAAAAAAUUCAAUACUUCAAAAACUUCUUCAAUGGAACAUCCCAAGAAGCAGCGUCAAAUUCCAUUACAUUCCUCAGUGGUGAUUUCGAGGCUUUCCACGAUUUGAUGUGGUGGGCAUCUAAUAGGCACUUGCCUCCCUGGUUGAUUUAUCCUGAUGGAAAACAAAUGAGUGAACGCAUGCAGCAUGAUUGUCCAGUCGUUUGCGUCGAAACGGGGUUCAAUUGGGGUGGCCUGUAUUUGCUGGCGAGCAGAUUGUGUGCGACAGAUUUGAUGAAUCUCAUAACAGAUCAUGUCGUGAGAGCCCUGGAGUCAAACCGAGGCCUAUUGACGAAGGAAGACAUCGCUGGUAUCUAUAAGCAUACCCCAAAGAAUUGUGGCUUAAGGCUAGCCUGCUAUAGCUUCAAUUAUGACCUAGAUCGUUGUCAUCCAGCGCUUUGGCCACGGUACUGGGACAUGGAGAAACGCAUCGAUGGCCUGGAGGAGGACUCUGUUGCUCUCAGGGAAAUGUUACAUGAAGGACCGGUAGUCCUCACAGCCGUAUGGCACUUUACAUCAUGUACCUUUCAUAACCACCGUGGUGGGACAAUCUGUGACCGAAAGACUUUGAAAGAUCGGGAAGUAGGUAAAAGACGUCCUUGA